AUGAGGUCGGCUUCUAUUGCACGGCUGCAAUACCGUGCCGUGUCUGGUUUGACCAGAACACCCCGUUUCCAGCCGCAAAGCCUGUUGCGCUCGCUAUGCGUCUCCACGGCCGCUUUGCGCUCCUCCGCGGUUGCGCCGGUGUAUCCGUCGAUGCUGAGACAAUGGGAUCAGCGUCGGAAUGCGUCAUCGACGGCGUCAGAAGUCCUCGAGGCCGCCAAAGCCAACCCGGAGGCCCUGUCCCAAGCCGCCAUCAUUGACAACCUUGAUCCCCUCGAGGCUGCUCGACUUGACAAAGUUCGGAAUAUUGGCAUUGCGGCCCAUAUUGACAGCGGUAAAACCACCUGUACCGAGCGUGUCCUUUUCUACACUGGCCGUAUCAAGGCUAUCCACGAGGUCCGUGGCCGCGACAGCGUCGGCGCUAAGAUGGAUUCCAUGGAUUUGGAGCGUGAGAAAGGUAUUACAAUCCAGUCCGCUGCUACCUUCUGUGACUGGGUCAAGAAGGAUAAGGAGGGCAAAGAGCAAAAGUACCACGUCAACCUGAUUGAUACCCCCGGACACAUUGAUUUCACCAUCGAGGUCGAACGAGCGCUGCGCGUUCUGGACGGCGCUGUCAUGAUUCUGUGCGCCGUAUCGGGUGUUCAGUCCCAGACUAUCACGGUCGACCGACAAAUGCGCCGCUACAAUGUUCCCCGAAUUUCGUUUGUCAACAAGAUGGACCGAAUGGGUGCCAACCCCUUCAAAGCCAUUGAUCAGAUCAACUACAAGCUCAAGAUCCCGGCCGCUGCCGUUCAAGUGCCCAUUGGUGCCGAGGACGAAUUCGAGGGUGUCGUGGACUUGAUUCGCAUGAAGACCAUUUACAACGUCGGCGAGAGUGGUGAAGACAUUAUGGAGACGGAUGAAAUCCCCGAGAAAGUCAAAGCUAUCGCCGAGGAGAGACGUGCCAAGCUUAUCGAGACGGUUGCUGAUGUCGACGAUGAAAUUGCCGAACUCUUCCUCGACGAGAAGGAGCCUACUGCUGAUCAGCUUAAGGCGGCGAUCCGUCGGGCUACGAUCGGGCUGAAGUUCACUCCAGUUUUCAUGGGAUCCGCCUUGGCUAACAAGUCGGUUCAACCCAUGCUGGACGGUGUUGUCGACUACCUCCCCAACCCUUCGGAAGUUGAGAACCUGGCCCUUGACAGGAAGCGGAAUGAGGCCUCUGUCAAGCUCGUCCCUUACAAUGAUCUUCCCUUUGUUGGUCUGGCUUUCAAGCUGGAGGAGAGCAACUUUGGACAGUUGACCUACAUUCGGGUGUACCAGGGCACCCUCCGCAAGGGCUCUAACGUCUUCAACGCUCGCAACGACAAGAAGGUCAAGAUCCCCCGUAUUGUACGCAUGCACUCCAACGAGAUGGAAGAAGUCACCGAGAUUGGCGCUGGUGAAAUCUGCGCUGUGUUCGGUGUUGACUGUGCCUCGGGUGAUACCUUCACAGACGGGCAGUUGGGCUACAGCAUGUCGUCCAUGUUUGUCCCCGAACCUGUGGUCUCGCUCUCGAUUAAGCCGAAGCAAAGCAAGGACGGUGCCAACUUCUCCAAAGCCAUGGCCCGAUUCCAGAGAGAAGACCCGACCUUCCGAGUGACCUACGACCAUGAGAGCGAACAAACCCUCAUUUCCGGUAUGGGUGAGCUCCACCUCGACAUCUAUGUGGAACGUAUGCGUCGCGAGUACCGCGUCGACUGCGAGACGGGUCCACCGCAAGUCGCCUACCGUGAGACUAUGGGUCACCGCGUUGACUUCGACCACCUGUUCAAGAAGCAGUCCGGAGGACCGGGUGACUUUGCCCGUGUCAUGGGUUGGAUGGAGCCGACUGGUGCGCUCGAGGAUAACAAGUUCGAGCAGCAGGUUGUUGGUGGCAGCAUCUCUGAGAAGUUCCUGUUUGCUUGCGAGAAGGGAUUCAACGCCUCUUGUGAGAAGGGUCCUUUGAUCGGCCACAAGAUUCUUGGAACCUCCAUGGUCAUCAACGACGGUGCUACCCACGUGACAGACUCGUCUGAAAUGGCUUUCAAACAAGCUACUCAGCAGGCCUUCCGCAAGGCCUUCAUGGAGAGCAACCCUGCGGUCCUGGAGCCCUUGAUGAAGACGGUUGUGACCGCCCCGUCCGAGUUCCAGGGUGAUGUGAUUGGGUUGUUGAACAAGCGCGGUGCCACCAUCAACGACACCGAGACCGGCGUCGACGAGUUCACCAUCUACUCCGACUGCAGUCUGCACGGCAUGUUCGGCUUCAGCAGCAACCUGCGUGCUGCCACCCAGGGCAAGGGCGAGUACAGCAUGGAGUUUAGCCACUACGAGAGGGCGCCUCCGCACAUGCAAAAGGAACUUAUCGCCAAGUACCUCAAGGCGCAGGCCGACAGACACAAGAAAUAA